CUCUUCAUCCUUUUGAUCAAAAAAAAAAAAAAAAAAAACUCUUUAUCCUUUUCUCUCUGUGACCAUGUCCAAGGUUCUCGAGCCCCUAGAAGAAGAGAAAGUAGAACAUAAACCAAGAAAACAAGAAGAAGAAGAAGAAGAAGAAGAAUCGAAGAACGAAGAGGUGUUAGGAUCUCUGUGUACACCAACAUCAAGUGAUCAUAAGAUUCCGGAGGUGGAUACUUGUCCUCCGGCGCCAAGAAAGCGACCGCGUGAGAUUUCUCCGACAAAGAAGAAAAGAUUGUCUAAAGAUCUUCGGUUCUUUGAAGCCACCGACGUUGGGAGCCACGAGGUGGAGACGUUAUUUGUUCAUGACCCAAUCCCUGUCCGUAAGAAACGGAGGAGUAAUAGCGCCUGAAUCCUUGCUGUGUUUCUUCUUCUUCUCCACAAACUUGAUUGUGUAGAUUCAUUGAUCCUUUCUAUACCUAUACUAUUUAACUCGUUUCGUGUUUUAUUUAUUUCUUUUGAUGGGAUUGUAACUCUGUUUAUGUACAGAGUUUUUGUUAAUAUAUAUCGAUCUUGUGUUUGUCUCUUACAAUUUGAUUAUCAUGUCUCAAAACAUGAUAUGGAUUUUUGUUUGUAAGAUUUAGCAAUAAAAUAACUUAAGAGAGAGUAA